AUGGCUACCUGGGGCAGGUUAGGUUGGGGUUUGCGGAACUUUUUUAGGAGAUCGUGGUCUCUAAGAUAUGCGUCCUUACAUCGCUCGGUUGGUGCAGGUGUUCUGGGGUCUUUAGUAGGAGGUGGUUUACUUUAUUAUCGCAAAGAACCACGCUGGAGAUGGCCCCUCGCCGUUUACGCAGAAGAGACGCAGAAAGAUGCUCCUUCUCCCCCUGUAUCAAUGCGGCGGCUGCGUUUUGACCAGUUCGCUUCCAUGAUCUACGAGCAGGAAUUUUACAUGACGCCUAGAGACUUUCUGUACUCUGUCAUGCUUGAAGAAGUGGACCGUAAAUUACAGAAGAAACUUCUGACCAAAGCGGAAGUGGAGAGGAUGCUGACACUUGCCUCCAAGGCUCAAGCUGGUAAUGAACUCUUCCGAGGCAUUGGAGAUAAUGGCUUGAUCUCCUACACAGAGUACCUAUUCCUGCUCACUAUUCUCACCAAGCCACACACAGGAUUUCACAUUGCUUUCAAAAUGCUUGAUGUUGAUGGUAAUGAGCAUGUGGACAAAAAGGAAUUUCAGAAGAUGAAGAAAAUAAUUGGGAAGAGGAAAGAGCGGAUUGUGAGGGAUGGCAUUACAGAGGUGUCAAACACGGAGGACGGAGAUGAAGUCAGCACUACUCUUCAAGCUUUCUUCUUUGGGAGGAAUGGGAAGAAAAAACUGCAGUACCAAGAAUUCCGCAGGUUCAUGGAGGACCUGCAGGCGGAGGUUCAGGAGAUGGAGUUCCUACAGUUCUCAAAGGGCAUGGACACCAUGCGGCGGGAAGACUUUGCUGAAUGGUUGCUUCACUACACUAACGAGGAAGACAACGAGGCGUACUGGGAAAACAUGAGGAAGAGGAUCCCUACUGGCCAGAGCAUCACAUUUGAUGAAUUUAAAGCAUUCUGUCUCUUUACCAACAACUUGGAGGACUUCGCCCUCUCUGUGAAGAUGAUUAGUGAAGCCAACAGGCCAAUCGGAAUGGCCCAAUUCAAACGAGCUGUGAAGAUUGCUACAGGACAUGAGCUGUCAGAGAAUGUUCUAGACACUGUAUUUAAAAUCUUUGACCUGGAUGGGGAUAACUGUCUGAGCCAUAAAGAGUUCAUUGCUGUCAUGAAAGACAGGGUUCUGCGUGGACUCAGGGUCCAGCCCCAGCACGGUUUGUCAGGGUACUGGAAGUGUGUGAAGAGAGAGACACUGAAAGGAGCUCAGGAGGCCCUGGGGGACAGGAGCAGCCCCUUCUGAGGUUGACCUGCAUGUUUCUGAGGCAUCGGGAUGUCGUAGGACAGCUGGAACAAUCUGGGAAAACAUUGAUGAUGCCAGUGCUUCAGCCAGCUUUUGGAUCACUGUCCCCACCCCACCCAAAAAACUAAAACUAAAUACAAACAGAAAUUUAUUAUAUGAGCAUAUAUAAUAUCAAAUGUUUACACAGAAUGUGUUUUACAAAGUACAGUUAUAUUAGAGUGAUUGGCCUUUUGAAAGACGCCAUAAAAUGUGCUUACUUUUGUAUGGGAAAAAAAAAAAGCAUUUUUGGCUAUAGAAAGUUUACUUGAUUCCAGCAUCGAUUAAAAUGACAGUAAUUUUUGAUUGCCAAGACAACCAAUAUUGAUGUGCAGACCUUGUGUACCCUGAACCAAGGAGAAAAUAACCACUAUUUCAGUUUGUAGCACUGAAAGUUCGAGACUGAAAUAUGUAAAAUAGAAGCCUGCCUACUCAUUGUGAAAUAAAAAGAGUAGUGCACCAUGUUAAACAAAUAAUCUGUUCACCAUUAACAGUGCAGUUUACUUUAGUUGAAGGUGUUACCUUCCUGGGAGGUCCCAAGCAAUUUUAAAUGUGUUUCAUCUUAAAACUGUUUCUGAAGGCCAAGCCAAACAACUGUGGGAAAAUGAGAGAGAAAGAAAAAGAAAAGCGUUUUAGCAAUCACAGUAGGAUGUAAACUGACAGUUCCUCUCUUUAAAAUAUGCCCCUUCGGUUCUGAGCCGAAAGUAUAGAGCUACUUACAGAGAAAAGCCAGUCCCAUUCAACUGAGUGAUCAGUUUUCUCACCUGUUUACUAGAGAGGACUUCUGUGAGACAGAAAAAUGAGGUUCAAAGAAACUUCAAAAGUUCAUAGACCAGAUAAGACACAUGUUUUAGUAAAGCUAGAGUCUUUGUUGUGUAUGCAUGUCACAUUUCAUGGAGUAAGGGUGUGGUUUUGUUUACAUUUUUUUUUUUUAAAUAUACUUAUGGUGUGCAUGUGGUUUGGUCAUUGCUCAGCUUUCUGUCAAUGUGAACCUUUGGAUGUUUUACAUGUUUGCCCUUAGUGUAUCCUUUUGGAUGUCUCUUAUUUUUUCAGUUUAUAAGUUUAUAUUACAGCUCUUUCAAUUGCUGAAACAGGUUGUUCAUGGGGGAAUCUGUUCCUCACUGCUUGGGAUAUGAACAUUCCAAACAGUGCCUCAUUACCACAGACUUCUGGCAUGUCUUUCACAGGACAUUUCUGUUUUUCUGAUUCUUCUUUUUUAAUAAUUACAGGUGUGUUAUCGCUGUGGUUUUGCUGGGCUUUAUUAAUAACUUGGAAUACUUUUUUUUAGCUUCAAAUAGGCCCUCUUCUGUCAGAACUUGACAUUGAUAUGUUCAGAACCACCAUGUAAUUUUACUUGGUAAAUAAACCAAGCAAGGGAUAGGAUUCUUUCUGUGAAUACUUA